AUGAUUGUGCUGCAACAUGCCAGGCCUCCUCCUCAUCCUGAACAACCUGAUUUUCCCUCUGCCAUUGCAAUGGGCAAAAGGCCAGUAGUCCUACCUACACAGCCUCAUUCACCAAAACGAAUAGCCUUCGCAGCUCAGCCACCUUCCUUGGAAGUCCUGAAGGAUGAUAAUGUGGAGCAAGAUCCGUCCUUGGAAGAACUGUGUAAACCUCUUUCUUGUAAGCUAUGUAAUGUCACCCUGAAUUCAGCACAGCAAGCUCAGGCACAUUAUCAGGGCAAAAACCACAGCAAGAAAUUACGCAAUUUCUGUGCAUCAAGUAGCUGUCCUCCAUCAUCAAGACUGAAUACAACUUUAGAUACAGUAUCACCGGGAUCAUCGUCACCAAAUGUUACAGCCCCAAAAUGUGGGAGCCGUGUGAUCCUUGCCACUGAGAAUGAUUACUGCAAACUAUGUGAUGCUUCAUUCAGCUCUCCAGUGGUAGCCCAAGCACAUUACCAGGGAAAGAACCAUGCUAAGAGGCUACGACUGGCAGAGACCCCCGUCAAUUCUUUUAUGGACUCGGCCGAAUGCAAGAGAAGAGCUCGAAAAGAAGGAAAUGAACAUAAGAUGAUGCAAAAUAGAAGAAUUGUCUGCUCUCCUCAGAAUAAUACAGGUCCAUAUUUCAAUCCCCGUUCACGGCAGAGAAUUCCUAGAGACCUGGCUAUGUGUGUAACACCAAGUGGACAGUUCUACUGUUCAAUGUGCAACGUGGGAGCCAGUGAAGAGCUUGAGUUUAGGCAACAUCUGGAGACAAAACAGCACAAGAGUAAAGUUUCUGAGCAACGCUACCGCAGCGAGAUGGAAAAUUUAGGCUACCUAUAG